CCGUCAUCUAUGAGCAAUCCCCGCGAGGUGCCAGAAGCCUCUGAAAGGUUAUCUCACUCACUGUAGAUCAUUGCUCGGUGUAUCGGUGGCCAAGAUGCCAGCAGGGAACAAUGCAGUGUAUCUGCAUCUGCUCAAACAGCAUCAUGCUUCUCUAUGUGCCUCCUCAUCCCUCGCCGCUCCGCACUAUGCCCUCGCUGUGCAGUCCUUAAAUCGAUGCCCCGUUGCCAUGGACUCGAUCGAGGAGCUCGAUGCCCUGGAAGGCUUCUCUGCAGGAGUGCGAAGACGCCUGCACGAGAUGGUUGAAUCAGCUGGUGGUUUGGAAUCUGCUAAGAGGGCAAUCGAGGAGGAGCGCAUCAAGAAGCGCGGUAGAAGGAGCUUGGUGCAAGAUCUUGACGAGAUGGAGGCGCAGGAAGAGGAGAUUGCCAUUCAGGCCGACAUUGCUGGUCCUUCAAGACAGACUUCUAGCAAGCGGCAAGCGACCAUGGCAAGAGCCAAACCUCGAGCCUCAUCAGAGCAGGGCAUUUCUAGGACCACUUCAGCCUCAUCGUCAAGCAAGUCACGCAGAUCAGAAAGCACUGAAGGUGACGAAGGACGAGCAUCUACGACAACAGCUCAGAAGCAAGUGCAGAGUAGACACAAGAGUGCCUACAUGCCUGCUCCCCGUUCAGGGGCCUGGGGCAUCCUGAUCGCCAUGUACCUGCUCUCUAGCGAGGAAGGUAACGCCGGCGGGGCCAGCGAGACGAGCUACCACAGCAAGGAGUCUAUCAUCUCCAGAGGCCAGAAGUAUUGCCGGGCUUCGUACACCUACACCGUCUCUCGUAAAUCAGGUUCGAGUUCUGCUUCUGCUGGAGGAGCCAAAUAUCUGACGGCAUGGAGCGCGAUGAAGACUCUGCUCAACAGAGGCAUGGCAUGGCAGAAGGGCAGGCCUGCUACUUUUGGGCUCAGCGAGGAAGGCAGACAAGUAGCAAGGGAGAUUGCAGUGAAGGAAGGUAAGGAAGACGAAGAGGAAGUAUUCGAAGGCGGAUGGGGAAGGCAAGGAGCACAAGUAAUUGAGGCGGUCAGAGCGGACGAAAGUAGGAUCCCUUCUAUGACAGUCCCUAGAUCAGCGCUUCUUGAGCAGCUCGAAGUUCUGGAGACGAGCUCGCUGGUCACCACCGGAAAGCGCAAAGCGUCGGCCAAAAGAGCAGUUGCUCCCACCGACUCGGUACGAACGCCGGCGCAGACAGCUAGAAGCCGACAGCCCAGCAAGACCACUGCAUCAUCCGACGCCUCUGACGACGAGGCUCUCUUCAGCUCAGACAAGGAAGCGACGGAAAGCACUAGCAGUGGACCUCCUCCACCAAGGCCGCCUCUUGCAUCGCUAAGCAACCGGACUGUCAAGACUACCUUUGCACCACUCAAGCUACCUCCGAAAACCAAAGCCAACCCUAUCACUGCCCUGUACCUCCCCACGAAGGAGCGGCCAAGGGCCCAAAGUACGCUGAAGCUGCCACCACGCACCUACGAUGCUCAACCGCUGGCUCAGACCCGAGUGCCAUCGUCGUGUACGGAAGUGAUUGUCAUCGACGACUAGUGCAGAUUCUCACUUUCCAUGUCUUGGCUCUUAUACCCAAAUGUAUUUCAUUGUCGUUGUCAUUGUCGUUGUCACUCUUCGUCACUGCAAUGAUCAUUUCAAGUCGCGUCCCAGCUCGCGUCGCCUCC